UAAGAUACCCAUCACACAUUACUACUGCUAUUACUACACACCACACGGAGCUCCUUGUUCUCUUCUUCCCUUUUUCCUCAUUUGAAUUUGGCACCAAAUUCUCUCCCUCAUCACCGCCAUGGGCACGGCUUCCGUCAUCCAUAACGGCGUCCACAUCCAUCUGAAGCUCAAUUCCCGCCUGCCUAGGGUUUCGCUCCCAUCACCAGCCCCAAAUUGGAGUAUGCCUCACUUCAUUCACCAUCACAUCGUUCCCAUCCGUACAGGCCGCGGCCAAUCCGCGCCGAUUGCACGUUCUAGAGCAACUGAUCAGGAUGAUGAUUUAUCCACUUCAGUUUAUAUGAACUUUCCACUUGAAUCUCCAGUAGAAAAGAGGGGUGAUUCUGCAUCACGAGAUGGCAUUAGUAAUGUGGAAACCUCUCACAAUGACUCUCCCGAUAAAAUUAAGGGGCGCGAAGCUUAUGCUGCUUCUGUAAGAACUGUAGCCUUGUGGGUGUGUGCUGCGGUGGCAUUUGGCAUUGGUGUGGGCUUUAAAGACGGAGUUGGCAAGGCAUCGGAGUUCUUUGCCGGGUACUUACUGGAGCAAAGCUUGUCAGUAGACAAUCUGUUUGUCUUUGUUCUAGUUUUUAAGUACUUCAAAGUGCCAAUUAUGUAUCAGAAUCGAGUACUUUCUUAUGGUAUUGCUGGAGCAGUGGUCUUCCGUUUGACAUUAAUACUCCUUGGAACAGCCACACUACAGAGGUUUGAGGUGGUAAAUCUUUUCCUGGCCGCAAUACUCCUUUACUCAUCUUUCAAGCUAUUUUCCAGCGAAGAAGAUGACACUGAUCUAUCCAACAAUUUUAUUGUGAAGACAUGCCAGAGAUUUAUCCCUGUCACGUCUAAUUAUGAUGGCAAUCGAUUUUUUACAUUUCAAGAUGGUGUCCGGAAGGCCACACCUUUACUUCUCACGGUAGCAGUUAUUGAGCUCAGUGACAUAGCAUUCGCUGUCGACUCUAUACCAGCAGUUUUUGGCGUUACUCGGGAUCCAUUCAUAGUUUUCAGUUCUAAUCUUUUUGCCAUCGUAGGUUUAAGGUCGCUUUACACACUCAUUUCUGCGGGUAUGUCAGACUUGGAGUAUUUGCAGCCAUCAAUUGCUGUUGUUCUGGGCUUUAUCGGGUGUAAGAUGAUCCUGGAUUUUUUUGGGUUUCACGUAUCAACCGAGGUGUCUCUUGGCUUUGUAGCUACAAGUCUUAGUGCCGGGGUGCUGUUAAGUCUAAUGAAGAAGUCAGACUAGCUUUAAGAAACCAUUCAAGCUCAGGGCAGUAACAGUGAGGAAAGCAAAGAUUUGAAAGAAGAAAAUGUUUCUUUCAUGCCGUGGUCAUGUCUCGCAGAGUGUUUGAGCAUGAGUUAUGUGAAGAUUUAAGUUUCUCUUAGUCCAAAUAUGAUGGACCGGCAAAGGCGAUUUCAUCGACGAUGAGAUGGAUGUACGGGUAAAUCAUGUAAGACUUAGCUUUCUUUUGGUUGUAAGAAGAAGCAGAUGGAUGGAUGGAUGGAUGGAUAGAAAAUCUGUGAAAUGUUUACAUAUAGCAAGUUACUAAUAUUCUUUUUAGCCAAAUCAUUUAUUUAUUUUUAUUUUGGCUAAAUGGUUUACUCUUGUUUCA